UAUACUGCUCAUUUGCCUUGCUUAUCAAGCAACUUCCUAAUACUCUCUCUCUCUUUCUCUCUCUCUCUCUCUCUGCAACAUUCAUGGCAAAAGCAUAAUCAUCAGCACUCCAGUUCAAAACCAUCUGUGAAGGCCGUUUCUUCCCUUUUGCUUUUGUAGUCAAGGCUCAAACAAAGGUGUGGAAGAACCCCUUGAGCUUUAGAAACACCAGCCGGGUUCUCUCUCUCUCUCUCUCCCCCUCACACACAGCACACACACACAAACCGCCUGCCUGCGCUUCUUAAAUUGGCAAAGGCUUAAAGGUGGUAUGUAGGUUUUGAGGGCACCUUUUUCUUUUGUUUUUUUGUUUUUUUUUCCUCUCCCACUAGCUCUAUCUCACACUGGCUUCAGUUAAAGUAGCUAGAGAGGGAAUUCUGGUUCUUUCCGUUGUUAAAGCAGGUUUAUAGCUCAAUCUCGCUGUGACAGUUUACUCUUUUCUUCUCCUCCUUCUUCCUAAUUCAUUUCCCUCCUCUCCUCUCCGGUCCCCUUCUUCUCCUUACCUGAUAUACCCUAGCUAGGCAACAUACCCAUAUUUGCUAUUCUUGCCGGCAUACUCAUCUGGUUUUUGCUGAAUUUCUCGAUCUAAAUUGAAUUUGUUUUCUGAGAGCAAAUAUCUGGGAUAUGAGCAGCGGUCGCCAUACGCAGAUAAAUAUUUCACAGAAGCUUAUAAUUUCAUCAGCUCGAGAGAAAGAAGAUAGAUAGAUAGGCUUCCGUACGUCGAAAAGCAAUGAAUAAGAGUAGUACUGUGGGCUCCAUUAGCAGCUCUGAUCUCAUCGAUGCCAAGCUCGAAGAGCAUAAGAUGUGUGGAUCCAAGCAAUGCCCUGGUUGUGGACACAAGCUCGAAGGCAAGCCGGACUGGUUAGGUCUACCUGCAGGAGUGAAAUUUGAUCCUACAGACCAAGAAUUGAUAGAACACCUUGAAGCAAAGGUGGAGGCGAAAGACAUGAAAUCUCACCCUUUGAUAGAUGAGUUUAUCACUACUAUUGAAGGAGAAGAUGGGAUUUGUUAUACCCAUCCUGAAAAACUUCCAGGAGUCACAAGAGAUGGCUUGAGCAAACAUUUCUUCCACAGACCAUCGAAAGCUUACACAACCGGGACACGAAAGAGGAGAAAAAUUCAAACUGAAUGCGAUUUACAAGGGGGAGAAACAAGGUGGCACAAGACUGGAAAAACUAGGCCUGUAAUGGUGAAUGGAAAACAAAAGGGUUGCAAGAAAAUACUCGUCCUUUACACUAAUUUUGGAAAAAACAGAAAACCAGAAAAGACCAACUGGGUCAUGCAUCAAUACCACCUUGGUCAGCACGAAGAAGAAAAGGAAGGAGAGCUUGUUGUUUCAAAGAUAUUCUAUCAAACGCAGCCAAGGCAAUGCAAUUGGUCUGAUCGAAGUACUGCAACCACUGGGGAAGCAAGCAGUGAGCCUAAUAGCAGGAGAGAUAGUGGGAGUGGGAGUUGUUCUUCCAGGGAAAUAGUUCCUCAGAGAGACGAACUUUCUCCACCAUCUGGGGUUGCUCCAAUAUCAAGUUACAGUACUGCCAUGGACAUUCAUCAACAGUUUAAAUCCGACCAUUUUAGCUUCGCCCCAUUCAGGAAAAGCUUUGAUGAGGUGGGGAUAGGAGAGGCUUCAACAGCAAGGGAAGCCCCAGGCGCAUCAGGUGGUGGUGGCACGUGCGAAGAUAUGAGGGAUCACCAGAGGCCACAUCAUCCUAUGGCCCAUGACCAUCAUCACCAACAGCAGCACCAACAUCACCAUCCACAUCAUCAAAUUGCGACCACAGCCUUCCACAUCAGCAGGCCUUCACAUCCCAUUUCCACCAUCAUCUCUCCACCUCCCCUCCACCAUACCUCCAUUAUUCUCGAUCAAGAUCACUCCUACCACAUCUCCAGAAUAAUGCUCCAAAAUGAAAAUUUCCAGCAGCAGCAGCAGCAACUAGAACAAGUACAGCAACCGCAGCAGCAACAGCAUCAUAAACUGGGAGGGAGGUCUGCAUCCGGUUUGGAGGAACUCAUAAUGGGUUGCACUUCAAGUAAUAUCAAAGAGGAAUCAUCCAUCACAAACCCUCAUGAGGCAGACUGGCUGAAGUACCCGUCCUUCUGGCCUGACCCUGACAACCCAGAUCAUCAUGGGUAGGAGCAAAAAUUACAGGGAAUAAACGACACCCUUACAGACAACAUCAUUAUCAUCAUCAUUAGUGCUUGAAACCUUCCUCUCAAGUUUUUUUUUUUUUUUUUUCAACGUGAGGCCAAGAAAGCAUCCUUAGUCCGGUCUUUUUUUUUUUUCUUUUUACUGGGGACCUGGCUAAGCUCUGAUGGCUCUCAACCGAACUACCUGUGCAACAGUCCAUGUUGUAAAGAAAGAGAGAAAGAACAAAAGGAAAAACAAAGAAAAAAGAAGAGAAACCAAGAAAGGCUGCACUCUCUCUGACAGAUAGAAGGAGAACCAAAGACCCAAAAGAAACCCAGCCUGCAUGAAAAUCAUCACCAUUAUGAUUACAAUAUCAUCUUUCUGGCUAUUCUUAUUAUUUUAUUAUUUUAAUUAAGAUGUUUGUAUAAUUUAUCUUUCUUGUUCUUUACAAACAAAUACAAGAGAGUUUGUGCAAAUUGCAAAAAUACUUUGUCAAUCAUGCUGUAACGUCAUUACAUUAUUAUAAGUCACUUUGAGAUAGUAAAAUAUAAGUGUUCAUA